GCAAAGCCUUCAGCAGACCCAACAGAUUAAAAUAACAUUCUUGUUACUAAAUUUUUUGUUAAAUACAAUAAUACAACAUGAACAAGCCAGCGGUUUAUGUUAACUUCAACACGUUGCAGAAAAACGAUGCAACUUAUACGCUCGACAACUACAUCAAGUACUUGAAAUGGAAUCCGAACAAAACUGAAAAAGUGCUGGAGAUCGGCUGCGGUCCAGGAGAUGUGACGAAGGACAUCCUGGUGCCCGCCUUACCGGGAAACGUCGAGGAAUUGGUAUGCCUCGACCGAUCCGAAGAAAUGAUUAACUUUGCGAAAAAUAACUCCAAACAUGACAAAAUCAAAUAUAUGCAAAUGGACAUUUCUAAUGACGAUUUAACCAAUGUGUUAGGGAAGAAUACUUUCGAUCAUGUCUUCUCGUUCUACUGUCUCAAUUGGGUGCAAGACCAAAGAAAAGCGUAUAAAAACAUUUACGACGUCCUAAAACCCGGUGGGGACGCUCUUGUCCUAUUGAAUGCCUACCAUCCCGUAUUCGAAGUGUAUCACUGGCUUGCGCAGCAGGAAAAAUAUCAUCUGUACCACAAAGAAACGGACAACUUCGUUUCCCCUUAUUUCACAAAGAAACAUCCCAAACAAGACCUGGAAGAUAUUCUAACGGAUUUAGGUUUCAUUAUCCAUGCUUGCGAAUAUAAGCCCCUAGACUUCGUAUUCCCAAAUGAAUCCUAUAUUAAAGGUAAGCAAACAAAAUUGCUUUUUCCCAAAAUUAACCGACAAGAUAACGAAAUAAUUUUUCUUUUGCUGACAAACCACAAUUUACAUUUUAUAAAUAGUUUAUUAUCUAUCAAUCAAUGAAAAAAAUCAAGAAAU